UUUCCUACUCGCCAUGGGGCUGAGGAGCCCGUACGCGGGCGGUUCGGGCGGGCGCCAAUCGCUGUUCCGCUUAUAGAGGCCACUACGCCAGGCGAGCCAAUAGGCGGGAACGUUACUGAGGGCGGCGCGCAGGCCGGGGCCGGCUGGCGGUGGGGGUGGCCUAAGGGGCGGCUCCGCGGGCUGAGCUGCGCCGCGCCGGCGGGCGCUCCCUUUAGUGGCUGUGAAGCUCCGUUACCGGCGUUGUUCGUGACGCCCGAGGGGCGGCGAGGUUUUUCAUUGCGCUCUUCCCCGCCGGGGCAGCCGUUGGUGUGGAGAGGCUUGGGGUGAGCUCUCAGGCUGCCAACUCCCGGCGGCAGGAAAUGGCGGAUGAAUGAGAGACGCUCUGAAGGCAAUAAAAACCCUGCCCCGCCUCCCAAUUUAGGCAGCAAGGGCCUAGCGCCCUCCCCCCGGGAAGAGACGUGUUUGUGCCCCAGCUCUGGCCCGCUUCCCGGCACUCGCUGGCAGAGGGCUCUGGAAAAAAUCCGUCAGGUGAAAGGCCCUUUCCCGCCUCGGGAACGCCGAGCCGCGCCCCGACGGGGAGAACUGCUCAGACCGCCGCUCCGGCCCGGGCGCAGGGCUCGGGCGCCCGCCCAGCCGGAAGGGGCGGGGCGGCGGCGGGCGCCGGCGGCGGCUGCCCGGGGCGGCGGUGCCGGGAGCGGGGCAGCCCGGCGGCGGAGCGGAGAUGGCGGACGAGGCGCUCUUCUUGCUGCUGCACAACGAGAUGGUGGCGGGGCUGUACCGCGCCGCCGAGCAGGGCGAAGGGGAGAACGGGCGCUGCACCACCAAGCUGGAGAGCAUGGGCUUCCGCGUCGGGCAGGGGCUGAUCGAGAGGUUUACAAAAGAUACUGCCAGGUUCAAGGAUGAAUUAGAUAUUAUGAAGUUCAUUUGCAAAGAUUUUUGGACAACUGUAUUCAAAAAACAAAUAGAUAAUCUAAGGACUAAUCAUCAGGGUAUUUAUGUCCUUCAAGACAACAAAUUUCGUCUCCUGACACAAAUGUCUGCAGGAAAGCAGUAUUUAGAACAUGCACCAAAGUAUUUAGCAUUUACCUGUGGACUAAUCAGAGGAGGCCUAUCGAAUUUGGGAAUAAAGAGUAUUGUAACAGCUGAAGUUUCAUCAAUGCCUGCAUGUAAAUUCCAGGUGAUGAUACAGAAGAUGUAGAACACAUUCAAAUCUGGGUAUCUCCCUUAAAAAUCCUUUGUGGAUUCAGCUUUGUACAUAGCUUGUAAAUUAUAGCAGCGUGCAGCACAAUUCCAAAAUACAUAAUAAAUGUUCAUCAAAAUAA